AUGGCUGAGAGCCUGAGUGAAGGCGUUGCGAGAGGCGUGGUGCACCUGCACGCUGGUCAUAAUUUGCAAUUUGAUCUGAUAGACACGGUUACCGAUUGCGCGCUCGUCUGCACAGCUUCCAACGCUUGGGACAGGGCGAGUGUGGUUAGGGUGGGAAGCAGCGGUGUGCGCAGGGGUAGCACUGUGCGGACUGCAGAGCGUGCGUUGGGUUGUUGCAAGAACAGCCUGUACAGCGGCGCGCUGGUGCAGGCAUGGCUGAGAGCCUGA